UGGAGCAGAAUUGCAUAAUACGAUUACCGUCUCUGUGAUACAAGCGUGCAGACGGACCUGACAUGGAAGACGAACUAGUAUUUUACUUUUCUUUUGCAGGCAAUACGAGCAAACGAAAAAUGCUUUCUAGAGUGGGAAACUUCGAUUCACGUGAAGGUGCUACCCUGAAAGACUACUGCUUGAAGUUUAACUGUCUCUGGAAGAACGAUGGUUAUGGCUACGCGAAUAUUGAACCUCAGGAAAACUCCGAGGUCUAUGGAGUUCUCUACACCAUAAAGCAAGCCGCCAUGGACAGCAAUGACCAAGAACACGUGAAAAGUGGAGGCCAUUAUAGACGAAUUACUGUCCCAGUGGUAAGAAGCAAUGGCGAAGUGGUUGAAGCUUUUACUUAUCGUGCUAAUGACGAGUUUAUCAAAGAAGGUUUGAAGCCGAGUCGAGAGUAUUUAGAAACGAUUCUCGAAGGAUCUGAUAUCUUACCAGAAAGUCAUGUUCAGAAUUUGAGGGAAAUCCUUAAAACUUGUUAAAUGCCUAUCAACCCGUUAUUAAGCAGUUUAGGAUAUCGUAGGUUAAUUUUAUAGUUGAAAAGGGACUUUUCUUUUAAAUUAAUUCAACAAUUAAUUUGAAGAGGUCAUUGAUGCGUUGUGCCGUCUAUUGUUUAGUCAACCACUUCAUGCGUUUAGACUCAUUGCGUGACGAAUUGAAAAUGUAGAUGUAGAAGCUAGAAGUUUGCUCAAGCUGUUCACUAUAUGUAUUAGCCAUUAAUCCGAGGCUGAGAAAUAAACUGGGUGGAAUUGGCA